AAAACGGACAAUUAAAUUGUGUAUCUAAAGGUUGUAUAGCUUUCUUUUUACUUGGAGGUUUUCGUUUACUUUUCCUACGUCCCAUUACGCUUCAAGAAUCAGCUGGAAACGGCAAAACACAGUACAUUCAUACAAAAUUACUAGAUUUAUGUGCACUCACAUGUACUUGAAAAACGCACACUUUCACAUUGAUAGCACGUUGAAUAGAUAAUUUACUUGUUUUAAUUGUUUUUUAAUUUUCAUUUUAAAUAUCUGAAUUGCUGUAUUGGUUAAUUUGUUUUGGGAGGUUGGCGAUCAAAUAUUAUCCAUAAAAGAUUGCGUACAUUGUAAACAAUGUCUAUAUAAAUAUUAUUGAGACGUUUUCUUAAUUGUAAUUGGGAAAAUACUUUAAUGUUAAUGAAUUAAGUGAUUUUCUGAUGCUAUGAGUACUCUAAGUGUAAAUUUAUCUAUACCUUUCCCAUCGGCAAGGGAGGCAGAAAUUAUUUAUCAAGUCCUUAGAGUUGAUAAAGAGCCUUCAAGAAGUGGCGUUUCAAAAGAUUUGACAUUAAAUAAUAAUAUUUUGCAAGUAUUAUUUUCUGGAGCCGAAGCAAGAAAAGUCAGAGUAGCACUGACAUCAUUUUUUGAUAGUUUGAUUUUAGUAACUGAAACUAUUCAACAAUUUGGACCACCUGCGCCUACUUAUAAUUAUUAUUAAGUAAAUAUUAUGUAAAAUGGAGCAUACUCCUGCUCCCUAUGGACCAAGAUCCGUUUAUGGAUAUGCUCUGUAUAUAGGAUCAAAUAUGCUUUUCUUUUUGUUCUUAGUUUGGGCAAUAGUACCAGAUCAAACAUU